CCUCGACGACGCUCCGAGGCCAUAGCGGGUCGCCAUCUUGGUCCCGCGCGACCGGCUAGCCACGGGAGACCCCCACCACAGCGAGCGUUUUCCCGCUGCGAAUAUAUCGCGAUUACGACGUUGGAUGUCUCGCCACCCCAACGGUCAUGGCGACCCCUGACGCCGGUGGCCCGAGCCGGCAACCUAGCACGCCCGUCGAGGCGGGCCGCGGCGCCCCCCCCGGUUUAGUGUGUCGAUGGCGGACCGCACGGUACCACGAUCAGGAAUGCUCGCGAUACUUCGACUGUCCUUCCCACCUCGUUGAGCGAGCGUUAUCAGACAGCGGAGAAGGUGGGCAUGAGGAGGGGGAAGAUAUGGAAUCCGACGGCGACCAUCUCCGUCCAGACCCCGGCGCUGUUUCUCCGUUAUCUGGAGAUGGGGACGAGGAUGUCCGCGACCAAAGGGUUCCCUCCCCCGCGGCCGCGGCCGCGGCCCCGGCUCGUGAAGCCGUAAAUGUGUCUCUGGGAGGCCGCAGGACAUCAGAAGGGUUGGUCCCCGAACGAGAAACGCCCGCCGAGAGUACAAACCAACCGGGCUUAUCCAUCGCUACCGCGCCUUUGCAGUCCCCGGGGGGUCUCGGCUUGGGAAGACCGGAGGCGGACCGAAGCGGAAGCGGCAACGGCAUGGGUGGGGUCUCUGAACCCCCGGACCCCGCAUCCAUGCGGAGAGGCAGUGGAGCCUUCAUGGGACUCCAGCCUGCCAGACCGCCGGCCACGGGACCCGUCUCACCAACGAGCCCGGUGCCGGGGAUCUCUCCCUUCCUGUCGACGCCGGGCGAGCGCUCCGGCCAGCCCGAGAUAGCGCUGCCGAGAUGGCAGCCGGAUUCUGAAGCCACCCAUUGCCCAAUUUGUGGCACGCAGUUCAGUUUCUUGGUUAGGAAACAUCACUGCCGGAAAUGUGGCCGCGUUGUCUGCAACUCGUGCUCGCCACACCGCAUUACUAUUCCGUACCAGUACAUUGUCCAACCGCCAGGAACGCCCCGCCCUGUGGCUCCGAGUCCUUCUUUCUCCCUUCUUGACAGCCAGGGCUGGUACCCCGGCUUCGGCGGUGGUGAGAAGGUCCGGCUAUGCAAUCCCUGCGUCCCGGACCCCAACACGGCCCCGCCUCGAGGCGAGCCAUCAAGGUCGCAGCCCGUCGUCAACCCGCCGGCGCAGACCGAUAGCAACGCUGCUGGCAACAGGUGGAGCUUUUAUACCGCUAUAGGGUUCCCGAACGACGUUCAGGUGAGGAGCCGAAGCGUUACUGUCGGGCAUCAGCCGGCUGGGCCAUCUUCCCGCCCACCAUUCCCAGGUGGAUCUCGCGUCGCCUGGGGUACGCCGCCGGCAUAUUAUCGGCCGCCUCCAACCUCUCAUCCCCCCAAUAUUUUCUCGGGCGGCGCCCAACACUACCGGUCAAUGCUCGACGUCGGCAACAGACCAGCCAUGGCCGGGCCAUCAUCAUCCUCCGCUUCCGCCGGCACCCCCCGCCGGCACCCUCACACCCUGGCCCCUCGGAUCCAGAUUCCCGAGGAAGAUGAAUGUCCCGUCUGCCACCGUGAGCUCCCUUCGCGCAGCCUCGCCAACUUCGAGUCGCUGCGUGAGGCGCACAUCAACGACUGCAUCGCCGCCCACAGCAGGUACGGCAGCGGAGGCAGCGGCUCGGCGUCGGCGUCAUCGCCAGGCGGGCCCGACAUGCUGCCGCCAAGGCCGCCGCGCCGCACGGGCAUGUUCCCGUACACGGCGACCGAGAAGGACUGUGUCGACUCGGCCGAGUGCUCCAUCUGUCUGGAGGAGUUCGAGGUGGGCGUCGCCAUGGCCAGGCUCGAGUGCCUGUGCCGCUUCCACCGGGCGUGCAUCAACGCCUGGUGGGAGAGGCAUCCGGGCCGGUGCCCGAUACACCAGCAUGACGGCUUCGGCUACUGAGGUGUAUGGGAUGUUG